CGUCCACGACGCCCGGGGAAAAUGUCUCGACCGACCGCAACAUUAAACAUAUAUAUUCUAUGUGCUCUUGGCCCGAUGCAUACAUAACCCGAUCAUGUUCACGGUCACGUCGGAGAUCUACGGCGAGAACAAUUACCAAACGACCCGCGAUGGAGGUAAAGUGGUGUCCAAAUUCCGUUUUAUCUAUCCGGAAGAAAAGCUAGCGAGGAUUACAGCGGAUAAGGAUGGUGACCUUGAAGUGCCAAGGCCAAGACGUGGCGUGAUCGAAUUGGAACAUUCAGAGGCCACGGAACUCCGUUUGGUAGGAUUGCAGGUGUGGCGAGGAGCCCUUCUCCUGGCGGACUACCUCUUCUCGAAAAUAGAAGAGUUCUCUGGCAAAACAAUAAUGGAACUCGGAGCUGGUGUAGGUCUGACCAGCAUCGCAGCGGGUAUACACAAUGCCGGCAGGAUCUACUGCACGGAUGUAGAUCUCGGCUGUAUUCUAAAAUUAAUCAACGGAAACGUCCAAAGGAAUUCCAAACUCCUAAAUGGUCAAGUCUCUGUUCUGGAGUUUGAUUUCCUUGCCCCAAAAGAAAAACAAUCACAGGAGCUCCUGGAAGCCAUCGACAAUAGUGAUAUAAUCCUAGCUGCCGAUGUCAUCUAUUGUGAUACUUUAACCGACGCCUUCAUCUCCGUGGUGGAUCAUCUACUUGACCGAGGACGCCAAACUGGCAGGCCCAAAACCAUAUAUAUGGCCUUGGAGAAGCGUUAUGUGUUCACGCUGGAGGAUUGCGAUUCGGUGGCCCCCAUGUACGAAUACCUCAUGCGGCAGACUGCCAAUAGGCCCUGGAAUAUGGAGCAUCUACCUCUGGAUUUCCCACAGUAUUUCGAGUAUGAUCGCUGCAAGCAGCUGGUGCUGAUCAAGAUCACCGGUCGAUAGAGGACUUAAAGACGUUCCGCUUAUUAGAUUCAAUUUACAACUUUAUGUACCUUAUUUAACUUGUUAAAUUAUGACUUUGUUAAGUUAGGUUGAGUUAUUACUUGAAUUAAACUAAUACUUUUGGCGUUAUGAA